UUGGAGAGGCCAGCUCCCAACGUUGGCAUAUACAGCACUGUCUGCGAAUGCGAGAUCAAGGCCAAGCGGAACUACAAGUCGUCUGCUAGGUUGAUCAACUUCUGUUAUGGUCUCCAGAUCAUUGUGGCAGCAGCUCUUACGGCACUGGGUGCUGCCUCAGCGAGCAAUAAAGCAGUCACAGCUUUUGGCGCGGUCAACACAUGCAUCGCUGGCUUCUUGACGACCAUUCGCGGAAGUGGCCUUCCUUUCCGCCUGAAAUUCUUCCAGCACGAAUGGGCAAAGAUCAGAGAGUACAUCGAGCAGCGAGAACGGGACUUCUCCUAUGCAAAUCAUGGGCUGAAUGUACUUGAAGAGGUGGAGAAGAUACGGGCGAUGUACGACACUCUGCGUGCAGAGAUUGAAGCGAACCGA